GUUGGUACCUCCCGAGUCUCUUGACAUGGUAUUGCGCCCUAUCUCUCUAGUAUUCUACCUCCCCUUUUGCGUUUUUUCCUUUGCUCUGGUAGAUGUUAAACUUGUCCUUAACGCACAGGUUAUAAGGUUAUGGACUUUAUUGUGAUUUCAAAUUACUUUGUGCGUAAUCUCUAGGUCUUCCCCAGGAACUUUGGAUAAAGUAUUAUGUAGGCACCUGCUGCACACAUUGCAGGUGUUCCCGUUCAGGUGGUCCCUGAAUCCUUCUGAUGGGAAAGGAUUCCAGAACUGGAUUCCAGAAAUAUCCCACAGCUGAGAAAGUAGCAACUUCUUUUUGCACUGUUAGGUGCCUAUAAGUAUACAUUGAUGAGGGUGGAGAUGUAGCUCAAUGAUGAAGCCCUGGAUUCAAUCCCUAGCGUCACAUAUACCAGGUGUAUACACUCUAGUGUGUGCCUAUGGUCCCAGUACUAAGGAGUAAUGCAGGAGCAUCAGAGAUUUCAGUGUCAACCUUAGCUGCGCAGAGUUCCAAUCCAGCUCAGAAGACUUGAGACCUUCUAUUUAUCUAAUCUCUAUGACCCAUGUGUGGAAUCAGUUUCUAAAAUGUCUGGUUAUGGUUCCUCAGCACCUGCCUUCAACUAGGAUGGCCCCUCCAGGAAUGCUGCUGGGGCUGCUUUUGACUUCCUGUUUAACUCUCUGCCUCAGCUGUCAGAACUCAAAUAAUUUUGCACUCACCAACCCAGAGAAGAGCAUUCACCAGGAAUCAGAUAUAAAGGAGACCAGGGAAGAGGAGGAGCUGGACACUGAGGUCCUGGAGGUGUUCCACCCAACCCAAGAGUGGCAGACCCUUCAACCAGGUCAGGCUGUUCCUGCAGGAUCCCAUGUGCGAAUGAACCUACAGACUGGAGUAAACGAGGUGAAACUCCAACAAGAAGACAAAUUUCAAAAUAAUCUGAAAGGAUUUAAAAGAGGCAGAAGGCUGGACAUCAACACCAACACAUACACAUCUCAGGACCUCAAGAGUGCACUGGCCAAAUUCAAGGAGGGAACCGAGAUGGAGAAUUCAAAGGAUGAACUGGCAAGACAGGCCACAGUGAAGCAGCUCUUCCGCCCCAUUGAGGAGCUGAAGAAGGAAUUUGAUGAGCUGAAUGUUGUCCUUGAGACUGACAUGCAGAUUAUGGUUCGGCUGAUAAACAAGUUCAACAGCUCCAGCUCCAGCCUAGAAGAGAAGGUUGCUGCACUCUUUGAUCUCGAGUACUAUGUCCAUCAGAUGGAUAACGCUCAGGACCUGCUGUCCUUUGGUGGCCUCCAAGUGGUGAUCAAUGGGCUCAACAGCACAGAACCCCUGGUGAAGGAGUAUGCUGCUUUUGUGCUGGGGGCCGCCUUUUCCAGCAAUCCAAAGGUCCAAGUGGAAGCCAUCGAAGGGGGAGCUCUGCAGAAGCUGCUGGUCCUCCUGGCCACAGACCAGCCUCUCCCCACCAAGAAGAAGGUCCUGUUUGCACUGUGCUCCCUGCUGCGCCACUUCCCCUAUGCCCAGCAGCAGUUCCUGAAGCUUGGGGGCCUGCAGGUCCUCAGGAGCCUGGUGCAAGAGAAGAGUGCGAAGGUACUGGCCGUGCGUGUGGUCACCCUGCUCUAUGACCUGGUCACUGAAAAGAUGUUUGCUGAGGAGGAGGCAGAGCUGACCCAGGAUUCAUCCCCAGAGAAGCUGCAGCAGUACCGCCAGGUGCAGCUCCUGCCAGGCCUGCAGGAACAGGGUUGGUGUGAGAUCGCCGCCCAGCUCCUGGCCCUUCCAGAGCAUGAUGCUCGGGAGAAGGUGCUGCAGACGCUGGGCGCCCUCCUGACCGCCUGCCGGGAUCGCUACCGUCAGGACCUCCAGCUGAGCAGGACACUGGGGCAGCUCCAAGCAGAGUACCAAGCCCUGGCCACCCUGGAGCUCCAAGAAGGUGAAGAUGAUGGCUACUUCCGGGAACUGCUGGCCUCCAUCGACAGCUUGAUGAAGGAGCUAAGAUGAGGCUGCCACGCCGAUACCAGGACUGGACGGAUGCUGCUAGUGAGAGCUCUCCGGUGGGCUCUCCAGGGGACAUCAACCAGGAGGAGGACAUCCCUGCUGGGGCAUGAGCGUCACCUGGGCAGAGCUUGCUAGUUCAUUAAACAGAGACAUG